AUGCGGAACGGCUGGAUGCUCCGUCUCCCGGCCGGCGCCCACCCCGGCGCCCACAGCCUGCGCCCCGCCUUCCUCCCCCUCCUCCUGCUCCUGGCCCAGGUGACGCUGGCCGAGCGGCGGUGCCCCUGGCCGUGCCCCGGGCCGUGCCCGGCCGAGCCUCCGGGGCCGCCGGCCUGCGCGCCCGGGGUGCCCGCCGUGCCGGCCGGCUGCGCCUGCUGCCAGGUGUGCGCCGCUCAGCGCGGGGAGCCCUGCUCGCCCAGCCGGCCCUGCCACGAGAGCCGCGGCCUCCGCUGCCGACCCGACCCCGACCCCGACGGCCGACCGGGCGUCUGCACCGCUGUGGAAGGAGACAACUGCGUGUUCGAUGGGACAAUUUACCGUAGCGGGGAGACCUUCCAGCCCAGCUGUAAGUACCAGUGCUCGUGCAGAGACGGGCAGGUGGGCUGCGUCCCGCGCUGUCACCAAGACCUGCUGCUCCCGGGCCCCGACUGUCCUUUCCCAAGGAAGGUGGAAGUGCCGGGCGAAUGCUGUGAGCAGUGGAUUUGUGACCCGCCGGACGGGACGUCACUGGCUGGUGUGGCCCUAGCAGCUUUCAGACAAGAAGCCACCGUGGGGAUCGCCGGGCCCGACUCGAGCCUCAACUGUAUCGAACAGACGACGGCGUGGAGCGCGUGCUCCCAAAGUUGUGGCCUGGGGGUCUCCACGCGGGCCACCAAUAAGAACCGAAGGUGCGAGAUGGUGCAACAGGCCCGGCUGUGCGUGGUACGGGUCUGCGGGCAGGAGGACCGGCCCCAGGUCGGAAAGAGGGGGAAGAAGUGUCUACGCACCCAGAAGUCUCUCCAGGCCAUGACCCUGCACCACCAGAACUGCACGAGUCUGCAGACGUACAAGCCCCGGUUCUGCGGGACGUGCGGAGACGGGCGCUGCUGCACCCCUCACCACACCAAGACCGUCCAGGUGCCCUUCCGCUGCCCCCACGGACGCAUCAUCGAGAAGCCGGUCAUGUUCGUCGCCACUUGUGCCUGCCACGCCAAUUGCCCCGAAAACGACGCCGCGUUCAUCCAGGGGUGAGGCCCCGGGGCCCUCCUCAGGCCGCCCACGCCCGCUGGCGGUUACGCUGCGGGCCGCCAGCUCCCCGACAGGGCUCUGGAGCCGUCAACGACUGGGGCGCUGUGGGAUUGACCGACCUGUCGAACAGGCGCCCCACUCGUGUCGUGACGCAGUUGUGCGGACCCUUUCUCUUUGAGCUCAGGGAGUGGGUGGGCGUUGAUGGGGAGUGGGUGGGUGAAGGAAGGCUCCCCGCCGUGGCCCACACCACAUGCCCUAACUCCAGUAGACAUGCCCUAACUCCACUUGACUCUCCCAUGUGUCUUGGGGAUGAUUUGCCCUGUAAGAAAUUCAUCAAAGAGGAAUCCGGUGAUUCUGGUGAUGGCUCUACCAUCCUAGAGUUGGUUGGAGGUAGAAAUCACUCUGCUGCCCCAGUCUGGCUCUAGAAUUUUUAAGACUGCCCCAAGUUUGGUCCAUCCCUAGGGAGACUUUCUCUCCGGUGUGAACUUUCUGGGGAAUUUUGGUUCCGAGCUGCCCCGGAAAGGGCUUGGGGGAAAGUCAUUUAUGCUGAUAAAGAGAUCACAGUCGGCUUUCUCACAUUCAUUUCAUUCACGAGAUUUCUGCCUUAAGAUAAGUCUCCAGCACUGGCCAAAAAACCUCCCCGUGUUCCUCAGAGUGUGACUACAUUGGCGUAUACGGUAAGGAUAGAGCCUGGGGCAGGGCUUCUCACAUUCAUUUUAUUAAUUAUUAUUACUAUUAAGUGCCAGGGGGUUAUAGGAAUUCUCUCCAGACCCCUUUCCUCAAAGGGGAAGCAGUGAUAACCUUGUGGCAAAAGCCUGGGCCUGAGAACCAGGAAACCCGAGUCCUAAUCCUGACUCCACCACUUCCCUGCUGUGUGACCUGGAGAAAGUCGCUUAGCUUCUCUGGGCCUCGGUUUUCUCAUAUGUUAUAUGGGGAUUCAAAAGUCGUUCUCUCUCCCCCUUUGACUAUGAGCCCCACGUGGGACAGGUACUAUAUCCGAUCUGCCUUUAUUGUAUUCUCUAGACUGUAAGUUCACUGUGGGCAGGGAACGUGUCUACCAACUCCAUUGUAGUGUUCUUCCAAGCGCUUAGUACAGUAAGCCAAGCUUAGUACAGCUUAGCUCAAUCCAUUUGAGCGAUCGAUUGAUUGAUUCUGUAUCCAGUGCUUGGCACAAAGAAAGUAUUUAACAAAUGUGACAAUUACUAUCAUGAUUUCCCCUGGGAAAGAUGAAGAGGGUCAUAGAGCUCUCCAGGGAUAUUUUAGAGCAAAACAAAAAACGUGGGGAUCUCAGAAGGUUUGGUUCCCAUAGUGCCAGGCCGUACCCACGAUGACCUCCCGCCCGGUAGCGAGUGGGGCGUCUCUGAGGAGGGAUGUGUCCGUAGUUGACAGGGAACUUGUCCGCCGACUCUGUCGUAUUAUACUCUCCCAAGCGCUUAAUACAGUGCUCAAUAAGUACGAUUGAUCGAGUGACACUGGUCCUGCCAGUGGCUACUCAUCAGAACCACGUUGCAGAGCACAUGACCUCUCUCUUCUUCCGAGAGGGAAAUCAAUAUACAGCUCACAGAGAAGCACUUUCCACCGAAAGACGACUCCUGCUGCUGCUGCCACCUAAACAGCUUCCAUUUCUGCUGAAACUCUUUGAGCCGCCUUUUUAAUCAUUCCUCCUCUCUCCCACCCCCGUUUUUGUUGCUCUAUUGGCUAGGCUUCAGGGAAGUCCGUAUCCCUUUCCCCCAAACUGGGGGACGGGGAGCCUUCAAGACUGUGUGUGUUGUAAUUGUGUCACUCAGGCUAUUUAUAUUUGGCUGCAAAGUGUAUGUUCUCAAAUGAUUCCUUUACAGUAUUGUUUUAUGUACCUGGGGCCCUUCCCUCAGAGAAUGUAUUGCUGUAAAAAGAAAGUGUCUAUAUGGUGAAAAUAUCCCUUCUCGGUCCUGACUGUAACUGGGGACCAUUACAGAAGAAGCGUGGGGCCUUGCUUCUUCCAAGUGGAUUUUAGGUUAUCGGUUCCACUGUUUUCUGAAAGUGUUCUGUGUAUUUAAUGUAAGUGGCGUAGACACUUAUCCUGGAAAUGUCAACGCUAAAUUUAAUCAAUCAGUGAUAGUUAACGAACACUCUCCGUGUGCAGAGUACCGAAUUUAAGCACUUGAGAGGGUACAAUGCAAAAGAGUUGGCAGAUGCAUUCUCUGCCCAUUGUGGGGCUUCUGGUUGUACUUAGAGGAAUAGUUUAUAAUUCACUGAGCAUCUAUUUUGGGAUCAACCAGUCAAUUUCAUUGACUGAGUGAUUUCUCUGUGCAGAGCAACCUACCUAAGACUUAACUCUGCACACAGUAAGCGCUCAGUAAAUAAUUUAUUGAUUUGAUUAGGAGAGUACUGUAGAGCAAAUAGACAGGAUUUCCGGCCUCAAGGAGCUUACACUCUAACCAGGGAGACAGGCAAUGCUUAGACUGCCCAGGUGGGACAAUGACUGUCUGACUUGAUUAGCUUGCAUCAACCUCAGUGCUUAAUAAAAGCCACAGUUAUAUUUU